AUGGACGACUCGAGAGCAAGCCACCACAACCCGUACCCUUCCCAAGGACACCCCGGCCCUCACUCGUCAGACAGAUACCAAGGACCUCCUUCGUCGUCCUCGUCCUCUCACCACCAACAGCAGCACCAACACUAUCAGCAGCAGCAGCACCACCAUUCUCACGUCUCAUAUCCCAAGGACAGCCGUGGCCAUCCCCAGCAGUCCCAGCCUUCGUCCUAUUCGCAGGAUCCUGACUCUGGCGCCGCGUGGCGUUCACCUAUCACUCCAACGACCACCCGAAAGUUCAACCGCAUGGCCAUCCACGAGGUCCUUGAGAGCCACCAGCAGCAGCAACAGCACCCGCAUCCCUAUGGCGAAGAGGACUCGCCACCUUACAGACGCAGAGGCUCGCCCGACGACUACCCUUACUCGGACCCACCCGCCUCGUCCAACAAUAACAACAACAACAGCAGCAGCAACAGCAUGGCGGGCACUGGAUCAGGGUUUCACCCCUCACGCUCUUUUGGUCGAGGCGAUAUGCGCUCUUCUUCGGACCACUACCACCGUGGCGCCUCUCCACGCUAUCGUCAAGACUCGCCCUUGCCAGGAUCAAACUCUGAGGACGAGGACGAUGAUAUCCGAAACAGCAAGAAGCGGCGCACGGUUCCCGGAUUGUUGCAAAGCCACGAGGGCGGACAUCAGCAACAGUCGCCUCCUUCUUCUUCGCCUGGUGGACCACCCGAGGUGAUGGAUCAGUUGCGAACUACCAUGAAGAUGAAGCAACAACAGAGGGCUCUCAUCGUGUCCAGACAAGGCGCCCCGCAAGGUGGUGGUCCAGGUCAAGGUCAGGGUCAACCACAGCAGCAGCCAUCUCCUCAGCAAUCAGGAAAUGGUCGACCCACUUCGUCCAAUGGCAGCAACCAGCCCGUCACAGAGACAACCUCAAGCGGACUUGGAGUCUUUCAUGGAAGCGCAUCCUUUGCAAUGUUGAAUCGCCGCCCUCAACCCUCGCCCAAGAACCCAAAGAACGCAAAGUCGCUCACGAUUUUCGCUCCUUCUUACUCAGAGUCGUCCCUCUCGAUCCAAUCGGCACCCCUGCAGCCAUCUCAGAGUCACCAGGCUAUGAGUAUGGGCCUCCGGACAUCCCAGCCCCUUGUCCCCCGUCACCAGCACCACCCCUAUGCUCAACCAGGGUCUUUUCAACAACCUUUGCGUUCGCCUCGCGCAGUCGGACAUGCCAAGAAGCCCUCGCGUGCUACCCUCCGCCAGCCCGGAACUCAUGCGCCGAGUGGCGAGCAUGGCAGCUCAGGAACACUUCCAGCACCUAUCUUAUCGUCACAUACAGGACCUCUGCCUUCGCCCAUGUACCCGCCAACACCCUUCCACAGCAACCUCAACAAUCUUAGCAGCAACCCCAAGCAUAUGUUUAUGGAAACGGUGUCGAACCUCUUUGACUCUGUGGACUCGAGCCGCAGUCUGAAAUAUACCCUGGAGGAGCAGAUCCGCAAGUCCGCCCAGUUGCUUCAGACUCUUCAAGCAAGUGGAACGAUGAUCGAGAAUCUUGUACGCGGCCAGUUCAAGGAGCUGGAGAGGGGCGUCAUUGAGCGAUUCGAGGGCGACAUUGAGCAUUUGAAUGCUCGCGUUCGCCAAUUGGAGGAACAUCAGGGCCUGACUCCUCCACCCAGAAAGCCCAAGUCGACUCCCAACCCUACAACAACCCCUCCAACCUCGAAAGGGGCUACGGGAGUGGGCGCACCGUCGUCCUUGUCCUCGUCAGCAUCUUCAGGACCUCUCCCAAUGGAUACGAUGGAACAGACCACGUCUUCGCCUACACCACCUCAUGCUGGCAGCUCUUCGCCCAAGCAUGGAACUCUGCCCACACCACCGUUCAACAAGAACCAGGACGCGUCGAGUGCGAUGGAGGUUGAGGACGAGGACCAGCCUGAGACGAGGCCAGAUUAUAACGCGACAUUCAAGGGUCUUGGCGAACGCGUUGAUAACCUUGAGAGACGCAAGGAUUAA